CAUAACACUUUUAUGUAGAUAUUAUUAGGCACUAUUAUGUGGGUGCUAUUUUGUUUCUCCCUUCAUGACAUACUUUUUCCAUGUGUAUAAAGGGAGCUGUAUAAAGGGCGCUGAUGUUUUUAUUUUUCUAUUUUAUCAUUUUUGAAUGUAUAUUCUAUAGGGAAUAAACCUGAGUGGAGGACAGAAGCAGCGGGUGAGCUUGGCUCGGGCAGUAUAUCAGAACAUGGACAUCUACAUCCUUGAUGACACUCUCUCUGCUGUUGACGCUCACGUGGGGAAACACAUAUUCGAGAAGGUGGUUGGCCCCAAUGGUUUACUAAACAACAAGACCCGUGUCCUGGUCACUCAUGGUGUAAGCUUUUUGAAACACACCGAUGAGAUUGUGGUGUUGGUGAAUGGCGGCGUUACUGAGACCGGCUCAUAUAAAACAUUACUGGCAAACAAUGGAGCUUUUGCAGAAUUCCUCAAGACGUACGAUAAACAAGACAAUACCAAGGACUCAGAGCCUACAGUGCUACUCAAUACAGAUGAAGAUGAUGGUGAAGAUCCUGUAGAACAAGCCGUCGAAGUAGCAGAAGACAUUGUGACAAUGACACUUAAGAGAGAAAACAGUCUACACAGGAGGAAGCUUAGCAGUAUGAAUAGCAGUUUAAGGAGGUCACUGAAGGAAGUAGCAAAGAACAAGGGAGAAGAUGAGAAGACAAUUGAAAAAGGACAAAAGCUGAUUGAAAAGGAGACAGUGGAGACUGGAAAGGUGAAGUUCUCUGUGUAUCUGAAGUACCUUCGUGCAGUUGGAUGGGUUUACUCUUCCUCGAUAUUGGCGAGCUACUUUUUACAGACCGCGUCCUCUGUCGGACAGAACAUUUGGAUCAGUGACUGGACGUCGGACGCUGUGACUUAUUUUAAUCAGAGCUAUCCAACUUCACAGAGAGACAUGCGGGUCGGGGUGUAUGGAGCCCUGGGGGUGGCACAAGGUAUUUUUGUGUUCCUCGGUGCUUUUCUGGUUGCUGUCGGUGCAGUACGUGCAUCACGGCUCCUCCAUUCACAAUUACUUCGAAAUAUCCUGCACGUUCCUAUGCAGUUCUUUGACACCACUCCAACUGGACGCAUUGUCAACAGGUUUGCCAACGACAUCCUCAGUGUGGAUGAAACCAUCCCCAUAUCGUUCCGGAACUGGGUUAUCUGCAUCUUGGGAGUGAUCGGCCUCCUGUUUGUGAUCUCCUUGGCUACACCAAUCUUUGCCGCUGUCAUCAUACCACUGGCCAUUGUGUAUUAUUUAGUCCAGAGGUUUUAUGUUGCCACCUCACGUCAGCUGAGACGUCUGGAUUUAAUCACCAGGUCACCCAUCUACUCUCACUUUGGGGAGACAGUCUCUGGUCUGUCAAUCAUCCGAGCUCAUGGACAUCAACAGAGAUUCAUCCAGCACAAUGAAGACACCCUAAAUAUCAACCAGAAGAGCGUUUACUCCUGGAUUGUGUCCAACAGGUGGCUGGCCAUUCGACUUGAUUUUCUUGGGAACCUGACAGUGUUCUUUGCUGCUCUCUUCGCUGUGUUAGGCCGUGGCACGGUGGACAGUGGGACUGUUGGACUAUCCAUUUCCGCAGCACUCAGUAUUACGAAUACACUGGACUGGUUGGUGCGAUUGACGGCAGAGCUGGAGACCAAUAUUGUUGCAGUUGAGCGUGUGGAUGAGUACAUUAAAGUAGAGAACGAAGCAGAGUGGACGACCCAGAAGCGCCCCCCACAGAACUGGCCAGAUAGAGGCGUUGUGCAGUUUGUGGACUACGAGGCCCGUUACCGAUCUGAAUUAGACCUUGUUCUACAUGGAAUUUCAUGCACUGUUGACAGUAUGGAGAAGGUUGGAAUAGUUGGAAAGAUGGGAGCUGGAAAAUCUUCCCUUACGAAUUGCCUCUUCCGGAUCAUCGAGGCAGCAGGGGGGAAGAUAUUCAUUGAUGGUCUGGACAUCUCCACCAUUGGCCUCCAUGAUCUGCGCAACAAACUAACUAUAAUUCCUCAGGACCCGGUGCUGUUCUUUGGGACACUGAGGAUGAAUUUGGACCCAUCUGAUCAGUACACGGAUGAAGAAGUCUGGAAAGCUCUUGAACUCUCUCACCUCAAGCCAUUUGUAGAAGAGCUGCAGGAAAAGCUCUUCUACGAAGUAAGUGAAGGAGGAGAAAACCUAAGUGUCGGGCAGAGGCAGCUGGUGUGUCUGGCUCGAGCGCUACUUCACAAAUCCAAGAUCCUCAUUCUGGAUGAAGUCACGGCUGCCGUAGACCUUGAGAUGGAUAAUUUAAUCCAGAGGACCAUCCGCAGUGAAUUUGCAGACUGCACAGUGUUGACCAUUGCACAUCGGCUGCGCAACAUCAUGGACAGUAACAAGGUCAUGGUGUUGGACGCUGGAAAGAUAAUAGAAUAUGGUAGUCCAGAAGACCUCCUCGUGAGCAAAGGACACUUUGCCUCUAUGGCCAGAGAUGCUGGCAUUGAAGACACCAACACCACAUCACUGUGAGCCUAGAGGAUGUAGACGUGUGUGAUGAGACCUCAGCACGGACUCUCUUAGAACUCUUUGAGCAUUGACUGCUGCCAACCCAAGACAAGUCAUGAAGCAAUGUAAACUUUGGGAAAAAGAUUAUCAGCGGUGGAGGGGAAUUUAUUUGAUUGGAAAGUGGAUUAUAAGCUAAGAUGACCAAUCUUGUGUGAUGUCAUUGAAUUUAUAGUAACAAGUGACUAUACGGUAAUAAUUAUGUGACUGUAGCACUGUCCAUAUGGCUUCAUCAUAUCUUGGAUACUUUGGCGGAACAUGGCAUAUUUAAAUUCUGCAUCUUUGAGACACUUUUUUGACUGAGGGAAAAUGUGAUCUCUUGCAAUUGACUUCAACUGCGAAGCCAGGGUAGAUGUGGAUAUGAGGAUGUCCUGGUCUCUGUAUCUCAAAAACUUUACUAUAAAAGUUCAUGGAGGUGCCCCUGGACAGAUCAGCUGUGUGGGGAUGUAAUGGGAAUCUUAUACUGCGUGUAUGGUGGAGAAGCUGCCAUGGCCAAGUGUUGUCACCAAGAGGUUUUCCAAGAAUGUUUGUGGGUAACAACCUUCUGUGUCUUUGGGUAUGCCAACAAACUAAGUUUCAGCAGUGGAUUCUUUUCUCCUGGUCUUCCAUAUGAUUGUGAAGAACAACCAGGCACGAAUGGGCUGCAAAAAGUUGGGAUUCUAGUUGAGGCAUCCGGUCAUCCAAGAAUUUUUUUUUUCUGCUUCAGUGCCCCUUUUUCUUGUAUGUUGGGUUAUCAUGGCAAAUAAGGCGGAUGUCCACUUGCAUCUAUCUAAGAUGUUAAGGUCACUUGACACUGAUGGGUAGCUAACAAAACUUUCUGCGUGCCGCUUUGUGGCUCUCUGGUGAAAUUGUCUUUCGCGUUGGAUUUGCUGGUUUAAGGGUACUUUCACACUUGCAGCAGAGGAUUCCGGCAGGCAGUUCCUUCGCGGGCAAU